AUGUCCGCCUAUCACAACAACCAGCUAAACAUGGUCGGCCUGUUCGAUCCAGACGACGGGUUUGCCUCCUUAGGUCAACCGCCAGCAAUGCCAUGGCCGGCUCAGAAUAACUUUGGACAAGCCGCCGAGGCCGAGCGACUCUUCAAUGACUAUGCGCCUGCCCCGCAAGUUAACUACGAUUUUGCUGGCGGCUUCUUCCAGCCCGACCAUUUCGUUGCGGAUUCCACUGGCAGCCAAGACCAGAAUUCAGACGAUGAAUUUGAGGCUAGGAGCGAGGACGGCCUGUUCGCUACGAGCUCCAACUCUCCACAUGACAGCGAUUAUGUUGAGGGUUCUUCCAAGGCUCGUCGGUCAUUCAAGGUGACCAAGACGCCCAGGACGCCCAGGACGCCGAAGAUCAACAAGGAUGGUGAGCCUCGCAAGCCUCGGCAGCCUCGUCCGAAGCUUCUCAAAUGGAGUGACAACGAUUGGAAGAACGUUCUUCUUGGGGUCGUCUGGGCGUGUGGCGAGACUGGUGUUCAAAUCCCAUUUGACCAAGCUGCACAGGUUCUUGGAGAGAACUGUACCGCUGGCGCCCUUCAGCAAGCUCUCUUGAAGUUGCGCAGCAAGCAAGUUGCCGAUGGCUUCCAGAUCCCAGCUUUGAAGAUGGCGUGGUCGCGCAAGAACAGGAAUGGAAGUACCUCCUCGCCCAUUGCCAGCACAAAGACUACGCCGGCUCAGACUCCAAUCAACACCCGGGCCAGAAAGUCUACCCUGCAGAAGAGCGACAAAUCUCUCAUUGUCACACUCAAACUCAAGUCUGAGUAUCGCGGCGUUGGCACCAUGCAACUCGAGACCGCGAAGAUGCCUAUCAAGAAGCAGCGCUCUGGUACCUCUGAAAGCCCCAAACGCACCCCAACGCGCCGACCUACUCGUCAGGGUGAGCUUCAGGCCGCGCAACUGCCUCAGCAGCCUGUCACCGAGAUCGGAGAGCCCAGGAACGAGAAUGGCAACGAUACGGUCAAGGCACAAGCUCCUGUUCACGGAACCACUGAGGGCCAGGCUCAACUUGUUAACAAUGGCGAGGAUCAAGACCAGAAAGUCCCCAACGUCAACAUGGAGCUGUUCCCAAAUCUGGUCGAUGAGUUGCCGGACUUGGUACAGGAUCGCAUGCUUCACAACCGUAGCCAGGCAUUCAUGGACGACAUUCGGGUUAAUGGAGAGAACUUCGUUGCCGAAGCCGCCGAAGCCGCUGAGGCGUUGCGUUCUUUUGAAGGAAUCAUGACUCCACUGAACAACUCCUUCGGUCAUGGAUACUUCCCCGAAUCUCCAAACCAGGCAGUUCCCACCUAUGGUACCCAGUAUGGUAUGGCCGGAGGUCAUGAUCAGCAGUUUGCCUUGGGAAAUCCUCAGCCGCCUGGUCUUUUCGAGUACUCUGACAUUACUGGUUAUGAUCCUUUCGCUACUCGCGACAUGAACCAGGGUCCAUUCGGCAAUGUCUUCAUGGACGAAACUAUGGAUUUCCAGCCAUUCAACUCUGGUUUCUUCCCUUGAUCUCCUUUGGCCGUGCCUCAUUCAGGGAGAUGGUAUUUCAUCAUCUACGAUUGACGAACACUUAUGAUUCAACGGCUUUGCGAUUUUUGCUUACUGAUUCAUUUUUCAUGGCUUACGGAACUCAUUAUCAUGGCCCACAGCAUGCACUUCAUGGUUCAUGGAAUGCAAUAUGCAUGCUCGGGGAUUCAACAUUCAUGCUUGCGGAUUCAAUAUGCAUAGUUCACGGGAUUCAUUAUCAUUGCUCAUGCAAUGCACUAUUCAUGCACACAGAGGUCGGCAUUCAUGGUUCAACU